AUGUUCUCGCUCGAGGGCCACACUGCCGUCGUCACGGGCGGCACCCGGGGCAUUGGCCAAGCCGUCGCCGUCGCCCUCGCCGAGGCCGGCGCAGAUCUCAUCUUGGUCCAGAGAGACGAGACGUCGACGGCCACCCUCGAGGCCGUCCGGGCCCUCGGUCGCAAGGCCACCAUCUACACGGCAGACCUGAGCUCGGCAGCCGACGUGGCCAAGCUAGUGCCCAAGAUCCUCGCCGACGGCCAUGAGCUCCGGAUUCUGGUCAACUGUGCCGGCAUCCAGCGCCGACACCCCUGCGAAUCGUUUCCCGACUCCGACUUUAACGAGGUCAUCCAAGUCAACCUCAACAGCGUCUUCGCGCUCUGUCGCGACGUGGGCGCCCACAUGCUGACGCUCGACGCGUCGCCCGUGACGGGCCGCCGCGGGUCCAUCGUCAACUUCGCCUCGCUGCUGACCUUCCAGGGCGGCCUGACGGUGCCCGCCUACGCCGCGUCCAAGGGCGCCGUCGGCCAGCUUACCAAGAGCUUUGCCAACGAGUGGACCGCCCGCGGCGUCACCGUCAACGCCGUCGCCCCGGGCUACAUCGACACCGACAUGAACACGGCCCUGCUCAACGAUCCCGCCCGCCUGGCCAGCAUCAGCGCCCGCAUCCCCGCGGGGAGGUGGGGAAGCCCGGACGACUUCAAGGGCACGGUGGUGUACCUGGUCAGCAGGGCCAGCGCGUACGUGAGCGGCCACGUCCUGGUGGUCGACGGCGGGUGGAUGGGGCGUUGA